UCAGCACUUCUGAGUUGCUCUCAGCUCUCUCUGCUCACACCUAGAGAGGGAAACUAACAGUGUCCCCUGUUCUAAAGAGAGAGAGAGAGAGAAAAAGACUUAUUGAUUGGAAAGAUGCCAUUAUAGAGAGAGAGAAAGUUUUGGUGGUGUUGAAAAUAUUAAUGGAAGAAGCCCAGCCGCUAUAUUUACCCACCAUAUGUUUUUGAUUACUACACUGUAUAUCUCUCUCACUUCCAAACUUCUGUAAGCUAUUUUUCUCUCUCAUACACACACAAUUCCAAGAAAGAAAAACCCCUCAAGCCCCCGACAUCUUCCUUAAAUCCCACUCAAACCAGCACAAAGAUUAAACCCAAACCAAAAGAAAAGGAAAACUCUUUGCAUUAACCCCACACACACACACACUGAAACAGAGAGAGGAGAGAGAAAGCUAAAGUGUUUACAGCCUUUUUCCAGUACUCUCCACAAUCUUGCCCCUUUAAAGCUGACAGAUUUCUUUCUCUUCACUUUCUUUCUCUUUCUCCUCUCUAUAAAGUUCUCUCUUGAUUUCAGAUAUUGUGCAGUUUCAACUUUCUUUAUCUACAUACAACACUCAAACCUAUAUAUAUAUAUGUUAAUUAAUUAGUUUUUGUGUGCUUACAGUGUAGUUGUUUUUGAAAUGUGGUUCAACUGCAGGUUAAAAGACUGAACAAAGAAGUGGGGUUUUUUUUUUUUUUGUUAUUUUGCGCGUGGGGCAGAGAGGAAAAGAGCAAAAUUGAGGCGCAAUGUUGGACUAUGGAUGGGGGAACCCCUCAUCGAUCAUGCUUUCUGCAGAGGAAAACGCUCAAGAUUCUGAACCCAACCGCCCCGUUUUCGACCCUUACGCCACUCACCCCUUCUCUGAAACCGCUAAUUUUGUUAACCCCGAACCCCAUUUCGCCGCCGUCCCCCACCACCACAUCCCAUUUCACCACCCACAAACCCCAAAUUCCAACACCCAUUUCUCUACUUUCUACGAUUCCCGCGCUUACACCGCCUCCGCUUCUUCAUAUCCGCAUCCCCAUCAAGCGCCACCGGCUUCGAUGCUUACUCUCGAACCGGCCGCCCCCACUGGGUUCAUGGUGGUGCCCAAGAGCGAACCAAUGGUUGGGGGACUCGAGUUCAACGCUGAGUACAAUAGUAGAAUAGGGCUGAACCUGGGUGGAAGGACUUACUUCGCUUCCUCGGAGGACGACUUCGUGAACCGCCUCUACCGCCGGUCCAGGAUCCUCGAACCCGGUUCCGUAAACUCCCCCAGGUGCCAAGCGGAAGGCUGUAACGCCGACCUGACCCACGCCAAGCACUACCACCGCCGGCACAAGGUGUGCGAGUUCCACAGCAAGGCCGCCACCGUCAUCGCGGCGGGCUUGACUCAGCGGUUCUGCCAGCAAUGUAGCAGAUUCCAUCUGCUGUCGGAAUUCGACAACGGAAAGAGAAGUUGCCGUAAGCGGCUGGCCGACCACAACCGCCGGAGAAGGAAAUCCCAGCAGCUAUCUAACCAAGAAAACAACAACAACAAAUCCCAGCUCGAAAACAAUGCCCCCAAUUCUUCAUCUGAAAACCUAACAAGGUCGCCGCCGGAUUCGGGGGCACAUUCAUCGUCAGUGACGGUGGCGAUUUCGCCGCCAAGAAUUUCGCUGGAUUGCUUUGGACACAGAUCUUACACUGGUGGAACCACCUCUUCCACUGCAUCAACAAGCUCUCUCUUUUACUCAUCAAAAGGGUGAAAUGCAUGUGUGGUAUCUGAUUCCAGCAUGACCAAGAAAACAACAACGACUGCUCAUCCUCAUCAUCAUCUUAAGCUGAUCAUAUAUUUGAUUUGAUUUGUGGUUGCGGAACUAGGUAGCUAACUAGUAUAGUAGUAAUUUAAUCACAUAGUGGAGUCAUGGAACUACGUGCGCACUACCCUUUGAUGCAUUCCAUCAGUUAAUAUUAACCCAUGCUUCAGUCUUCAUUAAUUAUUCAA